UGCAGUGUUAUGAUCAUUGUGGGGGAGCAGCCCUACAGCAGCAGGCUACAAUCCACGCGUUUGGCCGAGGUCGUUCGUCCUUCUCAGGCUUCUUUGUAGCGCACCUACCACCCGGGAUCCACCGCACCUUUGGGCGUCAGACAGAUUAGUUAAAUCGGCGUAGCUGAUCCCACGCCAUCCGCUAUUGGUGGUUCUGACCUGUCGCUGUCAACAACGAAGAUAAUCCAAUUAAGUGUUUAAAGGCGAGAAACUAAGAAUAACCCCAAUUACAGCAAAAAGUUUCAGUUCUUCAGCGUGGUGCUGGUGGUCAUACAGCAAAUGAAUGGGGCACCAUGUACAGUUAAUGUCGUUGAUGAAAUAUCUGCCUCCGUGGAGCAGCCUUUACUGAGAGGACGUCAAAACAGCAAUGCGAUGAUCACAAGGAUUAUUUUGGAUCCGUGGUGGGAGCACUGAAGAUAAUACGAAGGAUCAGACUGCUGACAUAGGUUACAUAUGGUACCAGGUUCGUGCUUGGAAUGUGUGCAGGAUGAGCAGCACAUUUGUGACAUUAGCUGAAGUACUGGAGGCACGAGGGGGACCUCUGCUGGAGGAGGAGAUCUGGUCCCUUCUGCUGGGCACUGCAGAGUCUUUAGUGGAUGUCUCUUAUAAGGGUCAGAACAACAUGUGUAGUAUCAUAAGCCCCACCUCCUUGCUACUGUCAGCCACUGGUACCUUAGCAUAUAAGAAUUGUGGCCUAUCAGAGGAUGUUUCCACCUUCACCGCUCCAGAGAUGCUGCAGGGCCGUGCCAGCUCAACCAAACCUGCUGUAGAGAGGAUGCUGGUGUAUUCACUCGGAAUGACUCUCUACUGGUCAGUUGAUUUUCACCUACCUCAAAAUCAGCCGGUCCAGUUGAGCGACCACCUUAACAGCCUCCUGCUCAGCAUGUGUGAGGACCUGGCGCACCGCAGGGUGAAUCUCAUCUCCAUCCUGGAAGCAUGCGAGUCUCAGCACAAAACCAACAUCCUGCCGCCACCCCCCACAGUAAUCCGUCAGCUGGUGGAGGAAGUUUUUCACGAAUCAAUGGACCAUGGCUCUCUGCCAGAUAGUCAGGUCCCUUUGAGUGGCAGGAGCCAGAUGAUCAGAGAGAGACUUCAUGGAAAGAAAGGGCCACAUUCAGACUUCAGCGAAGGGAGUGCUGAAGGAAGAAGAUACUCAACGGACUCUGACUCAAAGUCAGUUAGUUUACCUCAGAGACCUUGGAGACAAAGACCAAGGAGCUCUCCUACACCGCUGUACCAGUCUUCUUUAGAAAGACUCCCUCAUCGAGUCCGUCACAGGGACAGCAACUGCAGUUGGCUUGGUAGGAGCCCCCAACAUGACACUUCUCCCAAGACAUCGGGCAGAUCGCACAGUCCUUCCAUCACAUUCAGCGAGUCCUCCAUCAGCCUGAGCCAGAGGAAAUCUAAGGCUUUGGGUCCUGAGUUCAUCAGGAUGCCAGAUGAACAACACAUUGUUCUCGAUCUUCCAGGAUCUAUUGUGUCCAGAAAGGGCCGUUCGUGUUCGUCUCAGAGAGAAGUGACUGUAGUUCUGCUUAACGGGCAGUAUGUGGUGGUGCGCUGUGACAUUAAGUCCAGAGGAAGAGAUGUGUUUGACAUGGUGGUGGCUCAUGCAAACUUGGUGGAACACUUCUACUUUGGUCUUGCCUUUAUAGAUGAUGAUGAAUAUUUUUUCUUGGACAAUGAAACAAAAAUCUCCAAAAUUGCCCCUGACAGUUGGAGAAAAGGGCAAAUUUUGUCCUUUUUGGUGUUUCUUCGAGUCAAAUUUUUUGUUGAUGAUAUGUCUUUUGUUUUGCACAAACUGACUCGCCACCAGUACUAUUUACAAGUGCGUAAAGAUCUCCUGGAGGACAGGCUUUAUUGUAAUGAGGAGACUGGCUUGUUUCUGGCUGCUCUCGCUCUUCAGGCUGAGUUUGGGGAUUACAUGCCAGAGCUUUAUGGUAAGAAUUACUACCAGCCAGAGCAUUAUGUGUCCAAGAGGAUGCUAGAGAAGCUGGCCCUGCCCAAUGUCAAGGAAGAGCUGCCAAGACUACAUGCAAGUCACGCCCAGAUGCUUCCUGAAGAGGCAGAAACAGAGUACCUAAAGAUUGCCCAGCAGUUACCAGAGUAUGGGGUCAUGUUCCACCGUGUGGGAAGAGAGAAAAAGCCAGUGGUGGGAGAGUUGGUUUUGGGAGUCUGUACCAAAGGAAUAAUUGUGUACGAGAUGAAGAACCACCUCCGAACCGUCACCAGACGCUUCCUCUGGAGGGAAACCGACACCAUAUCAACUGGGCGGCGUAAAUUGAUUAUAGAGUGUGGCGGUCCCAGCGGAAAAAAGCACAGUUUUGUAACAGAAAGCUCAAAAAUAGCACAGUACCUCCUGAACCUCUGCUCAGCACAGCACAAGUUUCAUAGCGAGAUGACGUCACGGCAACUUAACCACACCAUUAUACCAGAUGAAAACAUCAAGUAUAUGUCAGUCUAUAGGGACCGUAACCUGAACCUGAAGCAGUUCUCCUGCUCAGAGGGCAUGUUGAACCAUGUGGGUUUGACACCUGGUCAACCAGACUCCCUCUCCAAGUCCUGUGACAACCUGACUGCCAAACUGGAGGCAAGGCUGCGCCAGCAGAGGGAGAUGAGGAGGGAGAUGAGCAGAGAGCUGAACAAGGAGUUCACUGAUGCUGAAGACCUGGGGGACAUGAAAGAGCAACAGUGCUGGAGCACUCCAGAGCCGAUUCCCAGAAUGAUGUCCAGUGUAUCUCUACAGAAGCAGGACUCUGAAGCCUCGUCCUCCAUACGAGUUGAUACACCAACGAGGACCCCACCAGAGAGAGAGAUAGUCUGUGUGACCCUGAAGAAAGAUCCCAAGCUGGGCUUUGGCUUUGUGAUAGUGGGCGAGGACAAUACAGGCAAACUGGACCUCGGUAUCUUCAUUGCUUCCGUUGUGUCUGAUGGGCCUGCGGACAAAGAUGGACGAAUAAAACCCGGUGGACGUCUCAUCUCCCUAAACAAGACGAGUUUGGAAGGAGUGACAUUCACUGACGCUGCUGCCAUCCUACAGAACUGCCCAGAUGAGGUGGAGCUCAUUGUUUCCCAGCCUAAAUACUCUCUAAAGGACAGGAGUGGUUCCUUGAGUCACAGUACCCUGGGUUUGGCGUUGGAGAGGGGCUUUGGGUCACAGACGACACUGUGCAGUGCAGAGUUUCGUCCCGUCGUGGAGGAACUGGAGGAAGCCAUCGUUCUGUCCAACACAGCAACCCCCAGACAGAGCAGGAGGCUUCACAUUCCUGUGGUGCGAAUACAUGACGCCAAGGACGUGUGUUCUAGAUCUCCCUCUAUCAUAAGUUUAAGAAAUGGGGAGCGCUUUGUAGUGGAGCUGAAGAAAAGCAACGGUAGCCUUGGCAUCAGUGUUGCUGGAGGAAUAAACACCAAUGUGCGAUAUGGAGGCAUCUACAUCAAGAGUCUGGUAUCUGGUGGUGCUGCAGAGCAGGACGGGCACAUUCAGAUUGGUGACAGACUGCUGGAGGUUGAUGGGUCCAACCUGAGGGGCGUGACUCACCCCCAAGCUGUCGAGUGCCUGAAAAGGACUGGGGAGGUGGUGAACCUGCUUUUGGAAAGGGAGCCCACAAUAGUCUUGGAGCCCAGACCUGACUCACCCUGCCCCCCUUUGGCCCAAAGUUUAUCAUAUACACAGCCCUCCAGGACUGAAGUCUCCAUGGAAACGACCUUGAGUUUUCGAGCCAAGGACUACAGCUUUGUGACUGAUGAAAAUACGCAUGAAGUGGUGCUGAAGAAGAGUUUGUCUGGCCUCGGCUUUAGCUUUAACAUCUCGCAUAUGCACUCGGGACCAGAUCGGGGCAGCGUGGUCCGCAUCAAACGCCUGUUCCCGGGUCAACCAGCACUUGAGAGCGGCCUGCUGCAAGCUGGAGACGUGAUUCUAUCUGUCAACAAAGAGCCUGUCAAAGACCUCUCCUACCAGAGGGUUUUGUUCCUGCUACGCGGAGCUCCAUCUGAAGUUCAUCUACUAAUCUGCCGACCAGGUCCUGGAGUAUUGUUUGAUUUGGAUGACAACACACUGAGUCCUGCAUACUACCGUGAGGUUCGAUCUCAGUCUCUGGACAUCCGACUAGGAGAAGACUACAGCCAGUUCCUCAGAUUUCAAUAUGAAUCUAUAAUAUCUGCCCAGAAGCAGGCCCCCACCCCUGAGGAGGAUCUGACAGACACAGCAGAGGAAAACCCAGAUCCUCCUGCAGCUCCAGCAUUCCCAGAGACCCAGGAGAGUCUGGAUGGUAAAGUGCAGGCACACCAGACUCCUCCAUCUCGUCCUCGCUCACCCCCGUCUCCCACCUCACCUAUAUCACCUCCGUCACCAGUCUCACCAGCCUCACCCGCCUCCCCAGCAUCGCCUACCUCACCUGCCUCAUCCACCUGUGGUUCUCCAUCAGCUCAACCAGAGGCGCAACCAACCACUGGGAAACCAGAGGAACAACAGGAAGUAGAAGCAAAGAAGCAGAACAAGGACAGGGAUGAGAAAGAAGAAGUGGAGGUUGCAACGACACAAGGCUCAACUGUGAUGCUUAUGGAUGUCUGUCCUAAGUCUGGUUCCAAAUAUGUAUAUGCAAGUGGAGUCAGAGAGGAUGCUGAUGGCAGUGUGACCUACUGCCUAAUGGGAAAUGGACUUACCAUCAUGGCAGAUGAAGAGUACCUGACCAUCAGCUCCACAAUGGAGCCUCCUCGCAGCCUCCCCUCCAAUGUGUCCACACAGACUCCAUCAUCCAACAAUCCCCCCCUUGCUCCUAACAUGCCCACGACCACCAUCUCACCCCUCAGCCUUUCGUCUGACACCCUGACCACUUGCUCCCUGGCCCACCCAUCCCCACCUCUCACGACACAGCCACCGAAAGCCAAGCUACACCCGAUCCAACAGGGUCUGCUUUCAAGUCACCACAAAGCCAUCGGCAAGAACAGUCGGCCUCUGGUGCCCCCACCCCAGUCUCCUGCUGCACCCUCGACCCCCAUCACAGCGCAGGUCGUCCCCUCUGUGCCUCCCUGUGCUAGCCCACCUGCCCCGACGCCACUGCCCCUGCCCGCCCAGAGCCACACACAGCAGAGGGAAGAGCCAGAGAAGAGAGAGAGGGAAUACAAGGAUUACGAUUAUGAAGAGAAUGAGGAAGAGGAGGAAGAGAGUCGGAGAAAGGGAUUUGUUAAAGAGUUUGAGCUGUCAGUGGUUUUGACCAAGUCCAGGAACAGUAGCUUUGGGUUCACCAUCACUCGAAGCAAGCUGGACAACUGCUAUUACAUCCAGGAAAUUCUGGACAACCCAGCAAAGUCAGACGGAAGACUCCGGGCGGGAGACAGGCUCAUCACAGUAAAUGGACAUGAUGUAACCAGUGUGGCAGAUGAUGUUGCCAUGGCAAUUCUCAGGUCAACUCCGAGAAGACUUAGCAUGACUCUGGGGAGAGCUGUGACCAACCUGGUGGCCCCGCCGUCCUGCGACAGCCUGCCUGAUGUAGUUAUCUACAAGACGCCCUCAGGACAGCUUGGUAUAAAGCUGACAGGAGGCAUUGGCAGCAAGUGGCAGGGCAUCUACUGUCUGCAGGUGGUGCCGGGCUCCCCAGCCAGCGAGGAGGGCAGCGUCCAACCCAAUGACAAGAUCCUCUAUAUCUGUGGCAGGUGCACCCUGGGAAUGACCCUAGAGGAUGCAGUCAAAGCCUGUGAGAUCGCCCCUCGUAAAGUCAAGCUUAAAAUCAUCAGAGAAGACCAGCCUGUGAACUCCAAGGCUAAGUGGAACGGUCUGUUUGACUGGAAAAAGGACAAGAAGAUCUUAGCUCGUUUCGAAGAGCCCAUCUCUCCAGAGAAAGAGUCUCCUACCGAAGAUGCUGAACCUGUGUGUCGGUCUGCUGGAAGUUUCAGAUGCCAAUCUAUUGCACAAGAACAUGAUAAUUGCAUCAUGCAGGUGGAGUUCACAAAACCAGAAGGAGGAGGCCUUGGCUUUGCUUUGAUCGGAGGAACCAAUGGCAGCAUGCUCAGAGUGAAAGAAAUUUGCUCGGGUGGAGUCGCUGAGCAGGAUGGUCGGCUGAGAGUGGGAGAUAUCCUUUUAGAGGUGAAUGGUGUAAUUGUGUCCGGGCUCAGCCACAGUAAGGUGGUGGAUAUUCUGCGUAAAGCUGAAGGCUCUGUACAGCUCACCCUCUGCAGAGACAUGCCUCUAACCUACUGCGAGGCACCGACACUGCCCAACAUGUCUGCUAAGGCUGAAGCUGUUUUAGCCGAGCAGCCGGCUCCUGUCCCCAGCCAUGGUACCUGUUCCUCUCCUGACAUCAUGAUGAAUAAACCAGUGGAGCACCCACCUGAGGCAAAAUCAGAACCUGUGGUCAAUGAAGCUGGUAUGUUCGUUGCCUCACCGCCUCCUCCAACACGCAGACUGACCAUUGUAACCGAUGACGUUACAAUUUUACCGGAGAGCUGUAACAACAGCCCUUCUCAUCAAGCUUGCUGCCCACCCCUCAAUGUCACUGACAUGUUGCAUGGAGCUUCUGACAGGAAACAAAUUGUGACCAAACUUUUGGACCGGUCCUGCAAAGACAUCCGGAAAAAACAGUCAGACGGCUGGAGCAGCGAAGAGGAAGAUGAUGAUGUGUUUGACGAAACGGGUAGAGAAACAUCGCCCCAAACAGGUCCACCAAUAGUCUCAGAGGAUGAACUGGCCAGUUUAGCUCUCAUUAGCCCCUCAAGGACCAGUCAGUAUUCAGGCUGCAGAGUCAAAUCCCUCAUCCAUAUUCUGCAGUAUCAACUGGACCAGCAGGAACUGGUCAAAGAGUUCAUGACUCUGGAGCAUCUCAAGCCUUCUGACAACUGUCUGGUCGGAAAAGCUCCUGAGAACAGAGAUAAGAACCGCUACAGAGACAUCCUACCCUAUGACGAAACCCGUGUUGCCAUUGGAGAAAACCAGGACUAUAUCAACGCCAGCUACAUCCGCAUGAAAGUCGGUGAUGAAGAGCUUUUCUACAUCUCCUGCCAGGGCCCUCUGCCUUCCACAGUGCCAGCUUUCUGGCAGAUGAUCUGGGAAAACAAGUCUGACGUCAUCGCCAUGAUGACCCAGGAAGUAGAACGGGGACGGAUCAAAUGUCACAAGUACUGUCCGGAGAAGCUUUCCAUUCCUCUGGACACCGGCAGGUACCAGCUUCACCUCGAGAACCAACAGUACCUGGAGUACUUCCACAUCAAGAUCAUCCGCAUGGUGGAGACAGAGACGGGAGAGACACAUUUUGUCCGUCACCUGAAGUUCACACACUGGCCUGACCACGGAGUGCCGAAAAGCUCUGAGCAGCUGGUUCGCUUCAUCCGCUACAUGAGAGCGGUGCACCAAAAGGGACCAGUCACUGUGCACUGCAGCGCCGGCAUCGGACGCACAGGAGUUCUGAUCUGCACUGACGUUAUCCUCAGCCUCAUUGAGAACGACCUGCCUAUUAACGUGAGCGACGUCGUAAAAGAGAUGAGACUCCAGCGCCAUGGGAUGAUUCAAACCAAGGACCAGUACUUCUUCUGCUACAAAGUCUGGUUGGAGGUUUUACAGGGCAUUUUACAGCUUCACGGCAACCAAUGGCAACCGGAAAGUCCCCGAGACCACAAAUUAGUUUGAAUGUGUCCACCUCCGGUUCACCUACCUGUAAAGCACAGGCUGUGUAUGAGUAAACAUGUGCAGUCUAUCAGAGCAUAGACUGGUGACAACUUUUCUUGGCUGUAGUUAGUUUGGUUAGCUAUAAUAAGAAUGCGUUCUCCUGUUUUGAUACUUUGUGUUGAGGAGGCCGAUUGUUUAGUUACAAUGACUUCGACUUUAAUGUUUUUUGUUCUUGUAUGUGCUCUCGGUGCUGUGAUUAUAUACAUUUAAUUUAGAUCACUGAGGUUGUUUUGCCUUUUCAGGCUGAGUGAUUUGCCUUCUGUCUUUAGCACCUUUUUAAAAGGUUGCAUCACUUUCUGAAUGUAUCUCAUUUUCUUUUUCUCCAUGUCCUUUUUUUUUGCAAAUUGCAUUUAUUUUUAACGGUCAUAUUGCAUGGAAUUUAAAACCUUAGAAUAUUCACCACUUUUAUCUGACAGCAAUGUCAUCAAAGUGCACAAAUGAACAUAAGAUCAUCAUACCAAAGGGAGUAUCUGUUUGAAACCUUGAGUAGCAUUUGAUUAAGCAUUGAGUUAUCAUUUCAUUAAGUGCAUUUGUACCCUGGAGACAAGGGCAUUAGCAAAAGAACACUAUUGAUUUGUCGGUUCAUCAUCUACGGAAAUGUAAAGAAUCAAGUGCCUUGGAAUGACUCACACCGCUUGCUCCACACUGACCUCGAGCCACUUGUCACAAGCGGUCGGGGAUGGAGAGCAGGAAACGGAUUUGAGAGCACCCGGGGGUGGUUAGAUUGAAUGUGCAGCUUUCAGUCUGUUUGUGGUCUGAGGUAAAUGUUUGGUUGAUCCAAACCAGAGGAGGAUUACAUCUCACCCCUUAGUUUAAUUGUAAUUUAGAAACAAUGUAAAGUUUGCACACCGCCUCUCAAUCUGUCUUUGUUUGUGGGCCCAUUUUAUACAAAACACUAUCACAGUGAAACUCUUACUACACAUAAUCACAACUUGCACAUCCUGAUACAGAUAAAGAAUGACUCAACAUAACAAAUCUUUGAAUAAAUUCAUGAAUUUUCAAUUUACUCUUUUACUAAAUUUGGAUGAGACAUUAACAGCAAAUAUUCAGAUUUUUCUAAAAAUGUACAAAACAGAUUUAAAUAGUUAGUUGCUGGCCUUUCAGGUGUAAUUUGUUAUGUGACAACAUCCUCUAUCUGUAUUCCAUAGCUAUUUUAAUACAAAUCCAGCCAAGAAAAUGCAAAAAAAUAUAUUAUGAGGUUUUAAAAAAUGAUCAUUUAGCAACUUCAGAUGUAUAUGAUGUACAAAGCAACAGAGCUGCAUCUCCCAGUCACAGAUCAAAGAUGAUUUAUAGCUGCUGGUUUGAACCUCAACCUUUGGAUGUAACUGCUUGUAAGUUGUGUUCCUUAAGCCGCUAUCACACACACACACACACACACACACACACACACACACACACACACACACACACACACACACAUGGACACAACAGCUCACUUAUUGCAUGUAGACUCUUAAAAUAGAGAAGUCUGAGCCUGGAGUCUGGAUGAAUGACUUGAAAGUGAUCAAAAUGUGGAAUGUAACAAAGCAAUACUCUCCACAAGGAGGAGAGAUCAGAAUGUCAACCUCUUACCAGAAAACAUCUUCCAAACUGGAGCAUGUUGGUAAGACACAUGCAGUACUGUACCUUUGCCAUGAGGAUGGCUACGCAGAGCCAUCAGCCUCUGUACUGUGUAUGCAACAUCCUUUCAUCAGCGCUGGUGGGUUGGUUUACCAGCGAUAGAUAGGUAACCCUCUGUUAUGUGCAAGUUCGUGUUCUCUUUGAGAUCCUGUGUGGAUAUGUUUUCUGCUUCAGAUCUUGGAAAGUAAUUAUUCUUGAAAAAAACAAACAAGCACAUUUUGCAUUCAUCUGUGAAAAUGCAUCUUGUACAGUCAAGCAAGUGCUUAUGCAAUAGCAUUGUGAAAUGUAUAAUAACCCUUAAUUGCACAACUGCUUAUUUAUGCUAAAUUAAUAUAUUGUCACUGUACCAGCCACUAUGUAACCAAUAACU